CAGUCUCCAGCUCAAUGAUAGGACAUGACCAACACGGCACCAUCAAGUCGCCGAUGCAGGGCAUGUCCACUAUAUUUAAAAGUCAAAGCCCUGAGACAACUUCUUUAGUACAGUGGAUGCUUUAGUCUGUGUGAGUUAGGACAGCAGCAGGAGAAGAGGCAUUUUGUACUUAAUCGUUCAGUUUUGAAAUUAAGCCAAACCAUAAGGAAUCAGUUACACAAUGAGGCACUCCUGAAACAACAAGGAUAUUAAACUUGGAGUACACAGCCUGACUCACUUCGUCCUGAACUCCAUCACAUUGAUUCAAGCUGGUUUUGGCCUCUCAAAAUGGUGCAGAGCUGAAGUAAGAUGGCCUCGGACAGAAUGGCGACUCCUCAGAGCAGCUCCAGGCAGAGCAGCUCGCUCUCUUCAUCCCCAAUGAGGCAAGUUGCAGCACAGUCUGACCAUUGUGGAUCUGAGCACAGGCCAGCUCAGAGUACCCGCAUGCAGUCUCUCCAGGUUGACUCGGUCCAGCGCUGGAUGGAGGACCUCCGCCACAUGACGGAGGUAGAGUGUAUGUGUGUCCUCCAGGCCAAACCCAUCGGGGUGGAGGAGGACGCCCAGCAGGGAGAGCUGAUUGUGGCCUCCGGGGUUGGUGCAGGGGACCACGUGGCCAGGAACAACCUGCAGACGCUGCUCCGCCGAGCGCUGGUGGUCAGCACGGAGCUCGGCAAGAUGUUCCAGCGACUGGAGAAAGGACGCUGGCAGAGGGUCCACAGCACCGCCGUAAGGGCGAACUGCCACGUGCGUUCACUGGUGCAUGAGUACAGCGCAGCCCGAAGCACACCACCAGAGAUGCAGAAGUAUGAGAAAUCUCUUCUGGAAAAGUGUAUGGAGCUGACCAAUAUUACAGAGAGGUGCCUUCACACCGAUGAUGAGUUCUUCCUAAAGUCCAUGAGAGAGGCAAUCCACGAGAUCCUUACAGAUGUCAGUGAUUCCUUCAGUAACAUGAUUGACAUGGCUUUAGCCAAUGAGAUCCGGGUCCUGAUUAAACAGAUUGACUCUUCAGACAACAUUCACACCAUCGGAAGUGCCAUUAGCAACCUGCUGUCCCUCACCCAGGAUGGACCUCAGCUCUGCAGCAUCAUUGCCAAGGAAGGAGCUGUGGUAGCCCUGUUUAAGAUCUGCAGGCAGGACCGCUUCAGAGACCUCUAUGCUCACGCUCUAAGAACAGUGGCCUCCAUCUGCUGUGUGGAGGAGGGCAUCAACCAACUGGACAAGGUGGAUGGGAUCCUGUGCCUGGCGGACAUCUUGACUGAUGAAAGCAGUGUGGAAGCAGCCAGGGCCGAGGCAGCGGCGGUCGUGGCUCAGAUCACCUCACCUCACCACACGUCCACGCAGCACCUUGCCAGCUUCCUGGAGAGCAUGCAUGACAUCGUCACCGCGCUCAUCAAGUUGUGCGAGAGCGCCUCCUGUGGUGAAGUAUUCCUCCUGGCGUCUGCAGCCUUGGCCAAUAUCACCUUCUUCGACAGCAUGGCCUGUGAGAUUCUCCUGCAGCUUAAUGCCAUCCACAUCCUGCUGCAGGCCUGCAAAGACCGCCAGAGAGUCGACACACCCUACUCCAAAGACCAGGUGGUAACAAUCUUGGCAAACCUGUCAGUCUUAGAGCAGUGUGCUUCUGAAGUCCUGCAAGAUCAAGGAAUAGAGCGACUGCUGCUGCUGCUGGGAGAAAAGCCGUCCUCCUCCAGUCCAUCAGAGGGUGCCGCCUGUGAGCGUGUUCAGCAGAAAGCUGCUGUCACUCUGGCCCGUCUGAGCAGAGAUCCUGACGUGGCCCAAACAGCCAUCCAGCUAAAAGCUGUUCCUCGUCUUAUUGAACUGUGUCGCUCCCCUACUGAGAGAAAUAACAGCGACUCAGUGCUGGUGGCUUGCCUGGCUGCCUUGAGGAGGCUGGCAGCAGGGUGUCCAGACAGCAUCGAGGCAGCCGACCACCAGCAGCUGAUCAAACCGCGGCUAGUCGACUCUUUCCUGCUGUGUUCCAACAUGGAGGAGAGCUUUGUAUGAUGGCCUGCAAACUGAACACUGAUAGUGGAGAGCUGAACUCAUGUACAAGAUCAUAUACAUGUAUUGUUUUAUGACACAAAGAGGACUAAUGAGAAGUUUCACUCCAAAACAUUACAUCUUUUUCCUGACUGGUACUUUGGUUUGUUACUUCCUGUGUCCUAGGAUUAUUUUCUGUCCAAAUUUCAUACUGGACAUCGAGGAUUUGGGCAGUGGAGUGAACCUGCAUCGUGUCAGUUUGGAUGGAUGCCUAGUGCAACUCAGUGAUCAUAUUAAAUGCAAUGAAUGUGUACGGUGUUCUAGAAAAAAGGUCAUUAGUUUAUUUUAUUCCACUGGGAAUUUCACAUCAGUAAUUAUAUCAGUAAUUAUUUUGUAUGAGUAGGUGCUACUUUUUGAAAAUGAAAGUAUAACCUGUUCUGAAAUGAAACACUUUAUAUGCUACCACUGUGCAAUUUAUAUGUUCUUGUCUGAAGAUAUUGUAUCCAAAGCAUUAUGGCUAUCUGAGAACAGAGAAAGAUCCUUCACAGAAGUGGAUAAUACAGCAAAAUGCCUCUGACACAAAUAAUCAUCUGAAGCAUUUAGCAUUGGAGUACCAAGAUAUGUGUCUAGUUAAAUUCUUCUCAACUCAUUUAUUGUUGGUCUUUUAAAAAUAUUGCAUUUUUUGAUGUUUUCUAUCAGCAGUCACUUUAUUUGGAUAACCAUUUACAACUAAAUUAUUACAGUUAGAUGACUAUGACAUGUUUUCAGUUUGUUUAUUUGAGUACCUUAAAGGUCCAGUGUGUAACAUUUAGGAGGAGCUACUGGCAGAAAUGAAAUAUAAUAUUUAUGUAUUAUUAUAUUAAGUAUGUUUUCAUUUGUGUAU